AUGCAGACAGAGAGAAAAUGGCACAUACUGUUGAGUAUAUUCCUUCUGCUGAUCACCUCGAGCCAGUGCAUGGACAGGAAGGAAGUGAAGCAGAAAGAGAGAAGGACCCUGCUGGACCUUAUCUUACAGGUUAUCGGAGACAGCCAAUGGGGGGACAAGCCUGCAGUCUCCAGGCGCUAUAACAGUGGCCUCUUCCCUGCAGCCCAAGAGAUGAAGUUCUCCUCUCGAGAAAAGCCUUUAUAUGUUCCUAGGCUGGAUAACAGUAGACCCAUAGGUAAGCUGAUAAGAUUUAUUUUUAGGCCAUGAUGAAACUGUAAUCCCUAUUUCACUGGGGCGUGACAGCUGCCUCUGGUCUGUAUCAAUAUGUCUGCUACUGUAGCCUUUUGUGCAUGAUUACUUGUCCUUUUCUAUGUAGGAAAUGUCACACUAUGAUUUGAAGAGGUGAGAGCUGUCAAUAAAUUAUGACUAUUUUAUAAACAAUCUGUUUUUAUAAAUGUAAUCGAUGCAAGUAUGCUUCACUAUUUGGGGAUGAGACAAUAUCAGCAAUUGAUUCAACAGGCUCUACAUUACAAUUAAUUAGGGGAGCUAUCUGUAUUUCUGUCUCUGAUGUGAUAGUGUGUGAAGUGUGGAUCUAUGUUCCAGUUCCCUUUUGGCACCUUGAAAGAGCCACAAUCCACCCUCUCACUUGGCUAGUGAGGUAUCACCGCAUCAUGCAAAAGAUUAUCAAUGGCUGACGCAGGCCAGGGCAUCACCAACCAAGUUGCCCAGGGAGGAGCAUCAUUAGCAUACUAAACUUGUGAAUGAUUCAUUCAGUUCAGGAUACAUUGCGGAAUCUCAAACCAUGAAUGAUCAGCCUCCUCUAGCUUCUUGGCCAGCCAAUGGUGAGCGUCACAGGAACUCAUCACAGGUGACGUGAGACCAGGACACUCACGUGGCACACAGUUUAGUCAGCUGUGAACACACAGCCAUUUUUACCACAUUCACUGACUUAAUUUCACCUGUAAGAUCGAAAGACUAUAUUAAUAUAAAAGCCUUUUUGAUCUAGUGGAACAAUGGAAUCCAUGUGAUUUGUGUUGGCUUUUGGAACUUGGUCAGAUGUACUGAACGGGAAGUAUUUGAUACGUUUAGAGUCAAUUUAUUCAUUUAGUCAAAUUCUGUGACUGGUAAAAGCAUUACUCAUUGCCUUAGAAUUUGUUUUGCAUGGCUUUGAUAUAUCUUUGAAGUCAUUGUCAAGUGAGAGUAUGGGUGGUGUUACUGUGCCUUUAAGACAUUACAAAAUAGCAUAUGCUAACUGGGACUGAGCCAUACUAGUAAAUCCUUAAUACUCAUCUGUGCAAUUGUGUGAGCAAUGCUACACAUUCCCUCAGACUGUCCAUAUUACCAUCCAAAAGAUUGGUUUAAGAAAUGCUUUAUUGGGACAUCCCCCUAAUGUUGUCGAAGCAGUGUCUUAGACCCACUGUGUAACAGGCAAGAGAACCACACAGGCCGCUGGCCAUACGGAAUGUACAUUUUGAGGAAGUCAAAAUGUUGCACAUUAGCAAGUGCUGUGUGCGCCAUUCCUUAAGACCCACAGUCACACUAGUUUGUCUAUGUUUUGCACGCAAGGAAGGAAGGAGAAAUACCUCCUGCACACAGUUUCCAUUCUCUUUGCCAAUGUGUACUAGGUAUCUCUCUUUUCUUACCAUCAGGUAAUCCAGACAUCUCCAGCAGCAAGACAAUAUUAUUGGAUUUAUAGGCAAUGCUUUUGAUGUCCUACCGGCAGUGGUGGAAAAAGUACUAAAUUGUCAUACUUGAGUAAAAGUAAAGAUACCUUAAUAGAAAAUGACUCAAGUAAAAGGGAAAGUCACCCAGUAAAACACAACUUGAGUAAAAGUCUAAAAGUAUUUGGUUUUAAAUAUACUUAAGUAUCAAAAGUAAAUGUAAUUGCUAAAAUAUACUUAAGUAUCAAAAGUAAAAGUAAAAGUAUAAAUCAUUUGAAAUUCCUUAUAUUAAGCAAAGCAGACGGCUCAAUUUUCUAGUUUUUUUAAAUUUAUUUACGGAUAGCCAGGGGCACACUCCAACACUCAGACAUAAUUUACAAACAAAGCAUUUGUGAUUAGUGAGUCUGCCAGAUCAGAGGCAGUAGGGAUGACCAGGGAUGUUCUCUUGAUAAGUGUGUGAAUUGGACAAUUUUCCUGUCCAAAUGUAACAAGUACUUUUGGAUGUCAGGGAAAAAAUGUAUGAAGUAAAAAGUACAUUAUUUUCUUUAGGAAUGUAGUGAAGUAAAAGUAAAAUUUGGCAAAAUAGAAAUAGUAAAGAAAAGUACAGAUACCAAAAAAAACGACUUAAGUACUACUUUAAAGUAUUUUUACUUAAGUACUUUACACAACUGCCUACCGGUUAGUGUUCGCAUUUACCUGCCGUUUUCACACUUACACAACUCACAUCUGAUCUGGAUUGGAGCCAGGUUAAGGUUUCAGGACCCUUAUCCCCCUUACGUCAGACCCAUAGCCUAUUCAUCUUUUUAUAUUGGAGUGAUGACUUGUUGUUUUCCGUAGUGCCCAGUUGUAUGUCUGGACAUCAAACGCAUUGCCUAAGCUUACUGUAGUGGUUUGUAUUUGAACCGAUCAUCUUCUGCGAUUUCUGCAUCAGAGAGUACUGUUCAUUCCUCAGUCCAGUCUGGUAAAAUUAGCACAGCAGCUAGCUGCACUGAAUUCUUUUUAUGACAUUGAUACGCAUUAUAACUGCCGGGCUAUAAUCUCCUUGAACUGUUAGCCUGAAUGCAUCUGACACCUGUAUGCUUUGCAUGUUUGGAGAGUGGAUGGGCUUGGCUGAGCUACAGAAUGUGUGCAAUGAGUCUCCAAGCCUGUUGGCUUGUCCUCAGUUGUGGGGAAAUCUGGGAAUCUGUGUAUGGGCAUUUCCAUGGUAACAAAAUUACACUGAGGCUCCAAUUUUCACUUUAAAAUGUACGCCAAACAAAAACCAUUGAUUGCAAAGUUAAACAAACCAUCUAUGCACAAGGACUACUUUUAACCAUUUCCACUGAACAUUUUACAAAAGCAGAUGUAAAGCAUAGCACAGUAGAGUUCAGUACAGCACAGUAGAGUAUAGUUCAGUUCAGUACAGUAAAGUACAGUACAGAAGGGGAGAGCAGAUAUCAGUACAGUAUAGUACAAUACAGCAAAUUAUACUGUACUCUACUAUAGUGUCCUCUACUGUACUGUACUAAACUCUACUGUACAGUACAGUACUGUAUUGUACUGACCUAUACUUUACUCUACUUUUCUUUACUGUACUGUACUGUGAUGUGCUCUACUGUACUGUACUGUGCUGUCCAAACUUGUGAAACAGAUGUCUAUCAUUGGUUCAGAUUUGGACUGACCAAAUUUCAACUACUUUUCAACGUCCAUGGACGUCCAAUGUCAGUCGGUGCUCAGUGGGUGAGGAGGCUGGUUACAGUAAAUGGAAAGAGAGGGGGCUCAUGGGUAGGUGUCAGCAAGAACCGGGAGAAGUGAUAUUAACUGGAGAGAGCGAGAAGAGAGAUAGGGAGAAAGAGAGGGAGAGGUUGUCCAGACUGUUUUCACACUCUUGCUUUGACCACCACGCGACAGAAAGAGGAAGAAGACCGUUAAUAAGAGCUGAACAUAACAGUAUGCCAGUGGACGGGAGGACAGUAGCAGGUGGCCUAACUGUGUUUUGUAACUACUAUGAUUUCCCAUUGUAGCCAAUUCAAUUGCAGUCAUUCUGUUACUUACCUUUUGGUAAUUCUGUUACUGAUUUGGUAACAGAAUGACGCAUUUUAAUCACUUAAUAAUUCAUAAACCCAAUUGUUAUCAGUAAAAACACUAUAGCUAAUUGGUAGGUCUACUUUUACUUGUUACUUCUGUAAACUUUCAUUAGGAGGGAGAGAAAUCAGAAAAUAUCUUAAAGAUAUGUGGGUUUUUGGAAUCAGAAUGACAAGACACUAGGCAAUAUUUCUUAAACUUACAAAAGGCAAAUAAUUUCUGCAAAACUAAAUUCAAAUGUUGAUAUUAGUUGGCAGGGGUCUUUACUUCAACAUUAUUGUGUUUUGAUUUAUUUAUAAUACCAAAGAUUUUUAAAGAUAUUUUUGCUAGACGUUUUCUAAGACCCCUUUUCAAUCUGUUUGAAAUCAAAGUCUCCCUAAUUUUAAGGAUGGAAAAUUGUAAAUUUUUUUAUAUAUGCCUUAAUUUAUCCAAAAUAUAGACUUAGAUUACAUUUGACACCAGAUUUUAUGUGCUUCUAUGAACUUCACAUGUUAGUGCUCAUGCACUUCAAUCAGUGUAGAUGAAGGGGAUGGCAACUCAAUACUAGGAAGGUGUUCCUAAUGUUUGGUAUACUCAGUGUAUAUAAAAAUGAAAUAAAAAUACUUAAGAACUCAUAGUUGUUUUAUCCCAUCAGCUCUCUUCCAUGCUAGAAAAUGUAUAGGCCUAUUCUCUGAUGGCACUUUCUUUACUUUAUAAUAUAAGCACAGGUGUGAUGGUUGUUUGUUCGUAUUUACAUUGCCUUACUUUAAAUGUUGUAAUAUUUAAAAAUUUACCUAUUACUAAAGGGUUAUCUUAAAGCUGAAAUCCGUAAAGGGGUAAACAGCGCCACUGUUCUUUGUUAUUGUUUUUGUUUUGUUGAUGAAAUGGAAGACAGGAGCGUCCGGCAGCGUGGUAAAAAAAAAAAUCAUCAUCAUGUGGCCAGUGACACUUUGCUUCUAGAAAGUCCAAUAUCUUGAAAACUUUACUGCUGACAUGCAAAACAUUUUGGGACUGUAUCAACAGUGGACUAAUGAAAAUAAAUACUAAAAGAUCGUUUUUGAGUGGAUUUUUCCUUUAAUGCUAAGAGGUUUCACAGAUUGGUUACUUUUCUUUUUCUUUUUUGUAGAUAUUGUCCCAAGAGAUGUAAACCUGAAAGACAAGUUCAUAAAGCAUUUCACAGGUAAGAAAACUGAUAUUAAAAUUUUUUCAAUCAACAUUCUAUUUUUUCCAUUUGUUUCUGGAUCAAUCUCACCUUACAUCUGGGGCCAUAUGCAUCAAGCCUCUUAGAGUAGGAGUCUAGGAUCAGGUCCCCUCUGUCCAUGUAUUGUUAUUCAUUGUGAUCUAAGAGGCAAAACGUAUCCAAAAUCAGCACUUCUACUCUGAUACCCUUGAUGCAUACAGCCCUGCACACAUUAUAGCAGCUACAAAUAUUUUAAAUCCAUGUAGAACUAUUUAGUUUGGCAGGGGAAGACUCUCGGCUCUGUGAGCUGAAUCCACAUGACCCUUAAUUUCUGAGUCCCGCCUCUUGAAUGCCUAAUCAAGUAGCUUUCCAAAGUUCAAUCAUGGUGUCAGAGACCCUAAUUCAACAUUAUUCCUACAUGAGAAUGAAAUCCCUAAAACUAUGUUAUUGCCUUGGAUGGGUCUCACAGAUGUGCUGGAGAAAGUUGUCAUUAAAUGAAUUUCUGAUGGCCAUAGGGGAGAGAAGUGAGCAUAUUACUCCGACAGAAACAGCCAGGGUAAAGUUGAAGGCAACGUAAUGUUAAGCUACUUAUUUGUAGCAGGACCUCUGAACAGACUUCAGUAAUUGUUGUGAAAAUCUGUGGCUCGCUAAAUGCCCAGAAGUACUUAGGAGUGAUCAUUAAGUCUAUUGUCUGAGUCCUUUUGUGAUGUCAUGUCAUGUAGUAUGAACCAGUAGAGCAAUGAUUCUUGAGUCUGGGCAGAGCAAGGUUUAUUUGAACAUCUUGGUACAUAUGCAGAAACAUACAUAAAAUGUUAUGUCAUACAAUUUAAAACACAAGUGAAAUAUAUAAUCAGCCUAACCAUAUGGACAGUGCAUCAUCAAUAAGUCAUAGACAACAAAUUGGCAUACCCCAUAAAUCAAUAAAAAUGCAUAUCAAUGUAGUUAGUGAUAGAGAGUGUAAUUUGUCAUUUGCAUAGUUGGAGCUCUGCCUUAGUGAAAGGAUAUCUUGACUGCUAGAUAAUGCUUUGCAUGCUUGUCCAACAAUAUUGUUGCUCUUUUGAUGUUGUUGCUAAUGGCAAAUGAUAUCAACUUCAGUUCUGUUAUUGAAAUAUUAAAAAGGAGGAAAGGAAAUGGAACACAUGAUUUCUUUUGUUUUUUGUUUCCUGAUAAGAACUUUUAUUUUUAAGCAGGACCAGUCAAGUUCUCAUCGGAAUGUAGAACACAUUUUCAUAGACUCUAUCACAACACAAGGGACUGUUCAAAACCAGCA